AUGUCUGCACGCCGCUUCUCUGGCCCUCCAGCUGUGACUGUGGUCAUCAAGAUGAAUGCCGCCCGCCCUCGCGCCAACUCCGAGCCUGGAGCUCACUAUGGCUCUAUUAGUCUACCCCCUGAGGAAAGACGCGUUGCUCGUGCCCUUCGCCUGCAGACUAAUUCAUACUCAAACCAUGGUUCGGCCGAAAAGCCGUGUUUACUUCCUCUCCUGGAACCUCCUUUCACGCCUUCUCCCAUCCCCGAGGAGCAGGAGCAGCCCUGUGAGAAGGGCCAGGACCCCAUCGUCACCGAUAAGGAUGAACUGGAAUGGCUUGCUUGCGCCCAGGAGCUCCCUCCUCAGCUGGGCACCGAAACCACCAGACGUUUCUGGGAUUUUUUCUCCCUUUACAGACUAAUCUUCGCCUUCACCAUCCUUGCCAACCUCAUUGUCACCACCAUAGCCAUCUCUCUCACCCGCAUCACCAGCUCGGACGCUGCCACGGGCGCCGCCAUCAACCUUUGCAUCGCCAUCCUCGUCCGCAAUGAGCACGUUGUCAAUGCCAUGUUCCGUUCCGUGUGCACUCUCAAGCCUUCAGCACCUCUGUCGGUGCGCAGAAUCGGAGCCAAAGUCUAUUCAUAUGGUGGCUUUCAUUCCGGUUGCGCGACAGCUGGGACGCUCUGGUACCUGGCCUUCACCAUUCUCCUGGGCGUCGACGUCAGGAACCCGGACAACAGGCCCGCUUUCACCCUCGCCGCGUUUGUCAGCGUACUUCUCCUGGCUAUUGGCUUGUUCGCGCUCCCUGCCUUCCGUGUCUCUCACCACAACGCCUUUGAAGCCGUUCAUCGCUACGCUGGUUGGACCUGCAUCGGCCUCCUUUGGGCCCAGCUCGGUGCCUCCGUCUUCGUCUCGCACCAGCUCCACGGCGAGUCUCCUGGGUUUGUCCUGGCCGAGAGCNCCCUGUUCUGGUGCUUAGUUGUCAUCACUUUGGCCAUUGUCUAUCCAUGGAGUCGUCUCAGAGAACGUGAAGUCCGUGUCCAGAUUCUCUCCCCAGUAGCCGCUGUGCUCCACUUCGAUUACAAGCGCAUGGACACAUGUCAAGGCAUCCGCAUCACCGACAGUCCGCUCAAGGAGACUCAUUCCUUUGCUACUAUCUCCAGAGCUGGCGACGAACAGGGCUUCAGAGUGCUCAUGUCAAGAGCCGGAGAUUGGACGUCUAACUUCAUCGACAAUCCUCCCACUCGCAUUUGGGUCAAAGGUGCACCUAUCUUUGGCGUGAUGCGCGUAGCUCUCAUGUUCAAGAAGGUCCUUGUCGUUGCAACCGGCACUGGCAUUGGUCCAUGUCUCUCGCUCUUGGAAAGCUGCCCCGAACACCCCAUGCACGUACUCUGGAUGAGUUCCAACCCUAGAGAAUCCUUCGGCAACGCUAUCAUCAAUUCGGUCUACACAGCAGACUCCGGCGCAUGUAUCGUCGAUACAUCCAAGGCAGGCAGGGGCGAUAUCGUCAGGUUGGCCCACGCCAGAUAUGUUGAGACUCAAUCAGAAGCAAUCAUCAUCAUCUCCAACGCCAAAGUCACCAGAAUGGUGGUCGGCGGCCUUGAGUGCCGUGGCAUUCCGGUGUUUGGCGCCAUCUUCGACUCCUGA